AUGAAAUUCGUAAUUAUUUUAUCAGUAAUCUUUGCCGUUGCUUUAGCUAUUCCAGCUGAUGUUGAAAUCGUACGUUAUGAUAACGAUAAUAUCGGUACAGAUGGAUAUAAAUUUUAUGUUGAAACUAGUGAUGGCAAAAAACAUGAUGAAUCCGGUCAAUUGAAAAAUAUUGGAACUGAACAAGAAGGUAUUGCUGUUCAAGGUUCAUUCUCAUAUAUAGGUGAUGAUGGUCAACCUUAUACAAUAAAUUAUGUUGCUGAUGAAAAUGGUUUUCAACCACAAGGUGCACAUAUUCCAGUAGCACCUUAA